CAGCUUCAGUCUCACAGCAACUCGUUCUUGGAGAAAGAAUCGACAUGGCAGCAUCAAUCAGGUUUACCCCCAAGGUUAACGGCGAGACCCCCCAGUGCUCGCCCGCGGUUCCCAACGCGACCGGAACGCACGCCGUGGUGACGCAAUCGAGAUAUUCGUUCGACACCCACACCCAUACUCUGGAGCUUCUCUUGCUGGAUCUCGCCACGGGGAGCGCGACGGUGGUCACAAGCGGCGAGGGGGUCGGCAGUCCGCAGUGGUUGCCCGGCAGCGACCGUCUGAUCUGGCUCCAGGCAACACCGUCGGGCUACACCCAUUUCAUGGUGACGGAUAUCCACGAGUUGGCCAGCGUGUAUACCGCGGGUAUCAUCCCUGGAGUCCUCGCCAAUCUGCAGGUGGUGGACAACGGAGCGGGCGAGAUCGGGUACGCGGUGACGGGCAGGGCGAAUCCGGACGGCUCGCUGUAUCACCCUGGCAAGACCGACGAGGAUGGGAAACCGGCACACUCUGGGCGACUCUACACCUCGCUCUUUGUCCGGCAUUGGGACUCGUACCAGACCCCGCAGAAGAAUGCCAUCUUCUUCGGCCUGCUAAAGACCGACGGCUACGGUCCCCGAGACAAGUACCAUAUCUACAGCUUCACCAACCUCAUGCUGUUUGCCGGUCUGGAGGGUGUAGAGUCGCCCAUCCCACCCUUUGGAGGCACUGCCGAUUUCAGUGUCAGAGGAAACACAAUCGCCCUGAUUGCCAAGGACCCAGAGCUAUCGAGCGCCCAGCACACCGCGUGUCUCUGCCAUGUCAUCACCCUCGACAGCUGGAACGGCCGGCUGGCGACCAAGCCAGCCGCCCCGGUGUGGUCCACGCGAGGCCUGGGCGGAGCGUUGUCGUCUCCAAGUCUCGCUCCGGACGGGAGUCUGCUCAUCAUUUCCCAAAAGGAAGACGGCAACGAGGCAGACCGGAGCCGUAUCUUGCACUACGCCGCCGUCAAACACGGUCACCCGCAUCAUCAUCACGUUCUUUUCCCUUCUGCGGACGGAGACAGCAACUGGGAUGCUGUCCCGUUGGGGCUCACGGUUACGGCCAAGGGGGAACUGCUCGUCCAGGUGGAGGAAAAAGGACAUGGGAUCUUCUACUAUCUCCCGUCUCUGAGCUUGGGAUCCGACCUUGAGAACCUUCGGAGACUGCGCCAGCCGGAUGGAUACAUGAAUGCCAUGCUGCCGCUGGGUCGUGGGUCGAAAUUCCUGGUAUCGACGAACAGCCUGGUCGACAGCGGUACAGUCAGCAUCCUCGAUCUCUCCCACAGCGAACAAGUCCACUACCAGCAGGUGUCGUCGGUCACAAAUGGCGGGAAGCUCGCUGGUCUGUCGCCGAGCCAGUUCGAAGAGGUCUGGUACGACGGUGCAUACCAAGGGCAGCAGAUCCAUGCCUGGCUGACCAAGCCCGUCGACUUUGAUCCCGCCAAAAAGUACCCCCUUGUCCUCUUGCUGCACGGGGGACCGCAGUGGGCCUGGUCCGACUCCUGGCGCACAGAUUGGCACCCGGGGGUGUUUGCCGAGCAAGGGUAUAUCGUCUUCGCUCCCAACCCCACCGGCAGCCGUGGGUUUGGCCAUGCGUUUAUGGAGGCCAUCACAGGCUCGUGGGGCGGGCUUCCGUACGAAGACAUCAAAAAGGGGUUUGAAUUCAUCAGGCAGACCAUGCCCUACGUCGACACCGACCGCGCCGUCGCCCUGGGCGCCUCCUGGGCCGGGUACAUGGUCAACUGGAUCCAGGGCCAGGAUUUCGGCCGCGAGUUCAAGGCGCUGGUCACACAGUGCGGCAUGACGAACCUGCCCGCCCAGAUGGCGACGGAUGAACUCUACUUCUUCACCCACGACCACCAGGGCCUGCCGUGGCAGCGCGCCGACGCAGCACACCAGAACAGCUGGCAGCGGUACGACCCGAUGCAGUACGCCGGCAACUGGAAGACGCCGCACCUGAUCAUCCACGGCGAAAGGGACUACCGCGUCGUCUUCUCCGAAGGCCUGGCCGCCUUCAACAUCUUGCAGGUGAACGGGGUGGACAGCGCCUUCCUGGCCUUUCCCGACGAGGGCCACUACGUCGCCAACCCGGAGAACGUGCUCGAGAUCAACCGCGUCACCCUCGACUGGAUCAACAAGCACGUCUUGAAGCAUCAAUCUGCCCUGUCCCCCGUCCCCCGUCUUGACAGGAUCGUGUACAGUCUGAAAAGUACCGUGUAAAUUACUUACCGGGGGAUAUCCGGCUUACGCAAGUCUGGCAUAGCCCGAAUCCUGGGGCAGUCAAUACGUUCUGCUAUUGGCGCAUUGUCCCUAUUGAACGGGGAUUCUCCGCCUUUUG